AUGGGGAAAAGGGAGAAAGGGGAUAGAGAGAAGAAGUCCAAAAAGCGUUUCUAUGAGGAGGAUGAAGAUGAAGAAGAGGUAGUAGGUGGAAAGUCGCAGGAGGCCAUACCUGCUGCUGCGGGGAAGCAAGUGGAUGAAUCCAGCACAAAGCUGGAUGAAUAUGGGGCCAAAGACUAUCGAAUUCAGAUGCUUCUGAAGAACGAUCACUCCUCACGACCUCUCUGGGUGGCUCCUGAUGGACACAUUUUCCUAGAAGCGUUUUCACCAGUGUAUAAGUAUGCUCAGGAUUUCUUGGUGGCCAUAGCGGAGCCAGUGUGCAGGCCCAACCACAUCCACGAGUACAAGCUCACGGCAUAUUCACUAUAUGCUGCUGUCAGUGUGGGGCUGCAGACUUCUGACAUCGUGGAGUAUCUUCAGAAACUCAGCAAGACCUCUGUGCCGGAUGGAAUUGUGCAAUUUAUCAAGCUCUGCACUGUGAGCUACGGCAAAGUCAAGCUGGUGCUGAAACAUAAUAGGUAUUUUGUCGAGAGCACCUUCCCUGAUGUGAUUCAGCGUCUCCUGCAGGACGAAAAGAUUCGAAUUUGUCGCCUCAAUGCUGCUGAUGGCACAGACGGCGGGCUCAUUACUGAGGUCAUUCACAGCAAGUCAGCGAUCUCCAAGACCGUCGACGACAAACGAGGUGCUUCUACCUCACAGCAGCCUACGGAUGGACAACCUGUAAACCAACAGGUACCUGAAGACAUCUUUAGCUACUAUGAGCAGAUGGAUAAGGAGGAAGAGGAGGAGGAAGAGACUCAGACAGUGUCUUUUGAGAUUCAACAGGAAAUGAUUGAAGCACUACAAAAGCGCUGCAUUGAGCUGGAAUACCCGCUCCUUGCAGAGUAUGACUUUAGGAAUGAUACCGUCAACCCAGAUAUCAACAUAGACUUGAAACCGACUGCUGUACUGCGACCCUACCAGGAAAAAAGUCUUCGUAAAAUGUUUGGCAACGGACGCGCCCGCUCUGGAGUCAUUGUGCUGCCCUGUGGAGCUGGCAAGUCUCUAGUGGGCGUGACCGCAGCGUGCACGGUACGCAAACGUUGCCUGGUGUUGGGUAACUCCUCUGUGUCCGUGGAACAGUGGAAGGCCCAGUUCAAGAUGUGGUCCACUAUCGAUGACUCUCAAAUCUGCCGCUUCACCUCCGAUGCCAAGGACAAGCCCAUUGGUUGCUCGGUGGCUAUCAGCACCUACUCAAUGCUGGGACACACCACUAAGCGCUCCUGGGAAGCCGAGAGGGUCAUGGAGUGGAUGAAAAGCCAAGAAUGGGGUCUCAUUAUUCUUGACGAGGUGCACACUAUUCCAGCCAAAAUGUUCCGAAGUGUCUUGACCAUCGUUCAGGCACACUGCAAACUGGGCCUGACUGCUACUUUAGUUAGGGAGGAUGAUAAGAUUGUGGACCUCAACUUUCUUAUCGGGCCAAAGCUUUAUGAAGCCAACUGGAUGGAGUUGCAAAGCAAUGGCUACAUAGCCAAAGUCCAGUGCGCAGAGGUGUGGUGCCCAAUGUCUCCAGAGUUCUACAGGGAGUAUGUGGCCAUCAAAACUAAGAAGCGAAUCUUGCUUUACACCAUGAAUCCCAAUAAGUUCAGGGCUUGCCAGUUCCUCAUUCGCUUUCACGAGCGGCGUAACGACAAGAUCAUCGUCUUUGCUGAUAACGUUUUUGCCUUGAAAGAAUAUGCAAUUCGGCUUAACAAGCCAUACAUUUAUGGCCCAACUUCUCAAGGGGAACGUAUGCAGAUCUUGCAGAACUUCAAGCACAAUCCCAAGAUCAACACCAUUUUCAUUUCUAAGGUUGGGGACACCUCAUUUGACUUACCAGAAGCCAAUGUUCUGAUCCAAAUCUCUUCUCAUGGUGGGUCAAGACGGCAGGAAGCUCAGCGACUUGGUCGAGUGUUAAGAGCUAAGAAAGGAAUGGUUGCAGAGGAAUACAAUGCUUUCUUUUAUUCGCUGGUGUCUCAGGACACUCAGGAAAUGGCGUAUUCCACCAAGAGACAACGCUUUUUAGUGGACCAGGGCUACAGCUUUAAGGUGAUCACACAGUUGGCAGGAAUGGAGGAAGAAGAGUUGAUGUUCUCCACCAGAGAGGAGCAACAACAGCUCCUGCAAAAGGUUUUGGCUGCAUCCGAUUUGGAUGCCGAGGAGGAAAUGGUGGCAGGGGAGGUGGGAACAAAGCCACAGUUUUCACGGCGAACGGGAACCAUGAGCUCCAUGUCUGGUGCAGAUGACACAGUCUAUAUGGAAUAUCAAAGCAAAAGCAAAGCGUCAUCGCUCGGCAAAGGCAUCCAUCCGCUUUUCAAGCGCUUUAGGAAGUGA